UAUGAACUUUUUAGACCUUGAUGCGUUUCCUAGUUAAUAUUUCAAUGCAAGUUUCUCACUGUACGAAGUGACUUUUAAAGAAAUUAUAAAAUAGUCCUCCUUUCACUGUAAAAAUCUCAUUCACCUACAGACUUUCAUAUGGGUAUUUUCUGAAUAAACAUCUCAACGCAGUCAUCUUACUCAAACUAAAUGGGAAUAAAUGCAUGGCUUACUCGAACCAGAGCAAGACAAAGUACACGACUUCUCGAAAAGUACAGAAUAGUCCCCCAUUUGAAGCACGGUACAGGAAAGUUGGUACUGGAGUGGCUUCGUUUUCUGUGGUUUUGUUUUGCUGAGGAGGAGGACGUAAGCAAACCAGCGCGCGGGGGUGGGAGUGUCCACGCCCGUCCCUUGAAAGAGGAGGGGAACUCUCCGCCCUCCACCACCACCACCAUGUCGCCGCCAGGAGGAGGGGACGUGGUGCACAACGCCCUGGGCACCGUCACUCCGCGAGGCCUCAACCUCCUGACGGGCGUGGCGACGGCGGCGACCAUCACGGCGGCGGCGGUCGGCAUGCUGGUGGCACCCUCACCCUGGACACACACCACAGUAAAGGGGACCAAGUGUGUGGCACAGCAGGACUUAGAACAGGAGUGGUUUUGGCCUUCAGGCACCCACAAGUGUCACAGCCUUCCUGCCAAUGACUCCCUCACUCCCCUGCAGCACAAUGUUUCUCUGCAGAGCAUUGUCUUCGCUUUCCAGUUUCCACCAACAAAGAAGGCUGCAUCACGAUGGCAGCAGCGCCUGGCUGGCUUGUUGCGGCUUCGACUGUUACGAGAAACAGGGCCAUGGCCAGCUGCUGGCUCCAAGCUGACUCUGAGCACUCGUCUUGGCUACACAAAUGGCAACACAACAGCGACCAGCAAGCCCAUCCUGAUGGCUGACAAGAUACAGACUCGACAAGUAUCCUGCCACUUGAUAAAUGAACAUGAAUUUGGAGGGUCCACUUAUGACUGUUCUCCAAUGCCUUUAAUUGUAUUGUACAGUCUUUAUCAUGACCACUACAUUAUCAACAUAAGGCUGAGCAGCACUGAAACCUCCAACCAGGCUUUGCCUGAAAUUCAGGAUCUAUAUAUUUCAUUUAUCAGUCAGAAUGGUCACUAUGUGAAGGUGUUGGUGACGCUGCAGACUUUGUUCCUCCCUCUGGUGGCUGUCAUCCUGGCCUGGUACCUGCAUAUCCUCCGGCAGCUGAGGUGGUCCUACACGUACUUCCAGAUGAUCCUGCUUCUGCUUGCUGUUGCAUUACUUUUGAUAAACUGUCCCUGGACAUAUCUCACACUGGUUGUGAACUGCCCCUGGCUUAUCAUUCUUCAAGAGCUUAGUCUUGGUGUCUUCUAUGGCAUACUUAUGACAUUCCUCCACUUCUUAACUCACCUGUAUAUUGAGCCAGUGAGUCACUGCCCUAAGGUGCGGACUGCAAUGAUGAAAGUCAUUGGGGCAUACACGGCCACCAUCUUCCUCCUUGACUUUAUGGAAAAUGUCAUCCUGCUGCACAACCCACUGCCUUACGUGUGGGAGUCCCUCCAUCUUGGCCUGGCCACCAUCACCGUGCUCCUGGUGGUGGCAUACCUGACCUACAUCACCAUCAAAGUUUACUCAGCUGUUCUGGUCCUACAGAAGAGUACAACCAAGGAAAACACAGAAAAUAUCAAAGUGGGAAUGAAGAGAGAAUGUAAUUUGCAUGAGGUGGGCUGCCGGUGGAGGGAGAUGCUGUUGCUGAUGGUGUCCUGGAUCUGUGUUGUGCUCACUGCUGCAGAAUUCAUCAUUAAGAGAUUACAUGAUGGAAUGUGGAUCUGGGAGGAUAUUUUGGGCAACUUAGAAAUCCAGAAUACAAGUGGAUUCCUCCUUGGUGUUUACAGCUUGUGGAAUGUUUUCACCUGUAUGGUGCUCAUCAUGUACCCUCCCAUACCUCCCCCGAACACCUCACAAGGUGAAUCAGAAGUAACGUUAGAGAUGCCCACCCAGCAGCAGCAGACUCGCCUGCGCCCCAAACCUCCACUGCGGCGCCAGAAUGCCAUUGACAUUGUGAGUGAGGACUCGGUUGAAGGUGUCACCCUGAACAAUCCUGCCAUCAGCAUGGACUCAGCAGGUGGAGAGCCUGUCAAGAAGCUAAGUGUGGUGCAUGCUGAUGGUCUCAUAAGCAGUGAUGAUGCCGUCAGUGUUUACCUGAUAAGUGGUGACAGUGUAGUGAGUGCUACUGCCACUAAUGAAGCUAUUGCUGCUGAUGAGGAUGAGGAUGAGGACAAUAACCUUCAGAGCCGUACUAUUAGUGAUAUCUCUGUUCCAAAUGGUGCUGUGACAGUCAGUAACACUAUUUCCACCAAUGCUGGCACAAGUAUGGAUGGUGCUGGUGUUGUUCAUCACAUGACUAAUAGAAGUGGUGGUUGCUCAUUGUGUGGCACUCCUGCUCUGAGCUGUGAUUCUGCUCCUGGCAAUGAUGCAACCAAGAGUUUGAACUCUUUAAGCAACAUUUCCAACAGUAAUAUGGAUACAGCAAAGUUAGUUUCCAUUAAAUUAAAUGAAUGCAAGAAGGCUUCUCUCGUUCUUGUGAAUGGUGUCACUAUUCCAAGUCUUGAUGAGGAUGGGAGUGAUAUUGAUAUGAUUGAUGAUAUGCAGAGUCGUAGUGAUUUGGAAGUUAGUGGAAAUUAAGAGAAAGUAUUAUUGGCUUUGUAGUCACAAGUGAGUAUAUCUUGUACUCUUAUUGUGACUAAUAUCAUAGAGUAAGAUGUGGAGGCAAAUUUGAAAGGAGAGUUGCAUUACAUUGAGUGAAGGAAUGUGGAUGAAAAUAGCAGAAGGAUGAAAGUUCAUAUGCAGUGCAUGUAUUUGUGGUUGAAGAGGAGACUUAGAAUUACACCUGAGACCUGCUACUUAGUUUUCAGUAAUAGAGAUCCUUAAAGUUGGUCUAGAGCUUGUCAUACCAAAUGAAACUCAAGAAGCAUGUAACAAUGUUCCCAUGGUGUUUGGUAAAUAUCUUGUGAUGCAUGACAAUCUGCAAAGCAACAGACUGUAAUGUAUCAUAUAACUGUCUUCUGCAGUCUUUCACAUGUUACUGUGCAUAUGUGAUCUAGUCAUUGUGAAUCUGUGAAAUCUAUAUGAACAUGUUUCCAGUGGUGUUACAUGUUUGUGGGAAAAUGGAAAGUUUGACCAAAUAAGAGAGUGUUUUGAAGAGUGCAGUGGUGAGGUGAAGUGUACAAUUGGAGCAGUGAAAUGUUUUCACUUUUUUAUGGACCUGUAGAUAAAGACAGCAGUAGAAAAGUGAAAAAAUGAAGUGCUGGAAAGUGUAAUAAUUGAUGAGUUUAUGAAAGAAAGUAAUUACAAUGAGAGUUUGGAUGUUAAAUGAUGAAAGUUUAUGUAUAAGUGACUGAUAAGUAAAGAGAAGUAAAUGGGUUGAAAAAGAUUGUGAUAACAUGGUUAAUAUUGCUGUGAAUAUGAACUGAAAGGAAGUCUUUGACAAAUAUUUGCUUCCAACACCAGAUAACCCACAUAUAUUUGUAUAUUUGGAAAGCCAAUGUUGCCAUAUGAAAAUGGUACUCAGAAGUGGAAUCAAAUUCAGAGAUGUAGCAGUAAAAUUGAGGCAUACUUGAAGGAUGAAACUAUGACAUUGUGCAAGCUAUGAUUUUUUUAAGGGUGAAGGAAUGAAAUGUAGAGAUGGUCAUUUUUUUUUUUUAAGAAAUUAAAGAAUAAUGGAAUUAUAAAAUUGGGAAGAUGCAUGCAGUAGAAUUCAGAUAUGAGGAAAGUUCCUGAAUAAAGGGAGAAAACAAAAUGUUUGAAUUUUGGAGAUUAUGAAACAGUGGAAGAGUGUAAGAGCUUGAGUGUGCUUGGCUGACAGGUACAGGUUGAAGCAAGUGGUAAUUCAUCUGAUAUGAUCAUCCCCUUCAUUUUGUUCUGAGAAAUCUGUGUCAGAAUAGGUAGUUAUAUAGAUAGGUUGAUACCAAGAUAGAGUUAGAUUGAUAGGUUGGUAGGGAUAGAUUAUGUAUGAUAGCUUUAACAGCUGCAAAGAUCUUUUUAGCUAGUUUCUUGUUUUGUAUAUUUGUGUGUUUGAUUGUCUGAGCACUGUCAAGCUGUUGAUUGAAAAAGAAAACUGUAUCACAUGCUGGACAUGUGAUAUAAUCAUUAACUAAAUGUGAUAAGCUAUUCUAGCCAUAUUGUCUGCUAUGUGACAUAGCAGACAAAAUAUUUUUACUGAAGAGCGAUAAUAUCAUCCCGGCUUUACCUUUAAUGUACUAUUGUGCAGCUAAUAACUUGUGUUCCUCAGGAUAAAAUUCCCUGAAAAUAUUCUAGACUUCCCAGUGACAUUAAGCAUCUAAGAGAUCACUUGUUGCAUGGCAAUUUAUCAGCCUGCACUUCAUAUGAAGACUUUGCUUAUGGAUGGUGAAAGACUGCCACCUUCAUAUAAGAGGCUCACCCUUAUUAACAUGUGUAUAUCUAAUGUAAUUGUUACCUGGUUUCACACUACAUGGUGUGUGUUCAUGACUUGUUGAGAUGUACAUUUUAAAAAUUUGGUAUGAAGAGUGCCAAGGUUGUGAUCAAUAUAGUGUAUUGUACCCAUUUAUCUUCACUUAUUGAUUUUGUUAGCAUUUCCUGACAAAGUAGAAAUUAUUUCUGUCAAAUGUUUAUAGUGAGAAUUCUUCACAGGUAAUGUGUCAUUGAAAGGGUACAGGAAAAUUCAAGUGUAAAUAUGCUAAUUUAUGGUAAGGAUGAAUUUCUUUACAUAAGGUGCAAUCAUAUGUUUCAAGACUACGUCCAUGAAAAGGAAGAAUUGUACCUGACUUAAUUUUGUCUGCUGUUCCCUUCAUUGUACCAAGUGAUGCACCACUUAUAGUUCUUCUGCCAUGCUUGGAAUGCUCCCUGGAAUUCCUGUUCUUUAAGUUUAUUAUGUAAGCACUACCUGUGAUUCACACUGGAUCUUCUUCAUUGACAUUCUGUUCCUUUUGAAGCUCAAGUGUUGCUUGGAAAUACUCACUUGGCUUAUUGUUUCAUUGCUAUUGGCCUGCUCCUUCAUUUUGAAGGUUUCCAUUGCUGAAUUAUCAAAUUUUAUACAGAAUUUGAUACUUACUCCCUGCUCAAAUUUGGUGUCCAUUGUGAAAUUGGAAGGGGGCAAGUGAACAUGGUCAACAGUCAAGGUGAUGCAGGUCCUGAUGAUGAGAGUGUGAUGCCAUGUGGCAUGUUGAUUCAUGACCGUCAUUCACUUAAUCAUUGUACAAAGAAAAACAGUCUUGGAACUUUUUAAUUGCAUCUUGUACAUGUUGGUAAUUGUGGAUCUGAUUUUAAACAUUUGUUUAGUUCCAUGUUGUAUAAACCACAGACAGAAUGACAGGCUAUCUGUUCAUGUUGUUUAGUUUAAUAUAAUACUCGAACAGAGCAAUAGGUUGCAGGAGCUCUGAUUGCGAUAAAAAUCUAGUUAGAAUUUGUUAAUGUAAUUAUCAUACUGUCAUCAUUGAGUGUUGAAAGAGCUAAAUUUAUUGUGUGCAACUAAACAGUGUACCCUUUUCAUAAGAUAUCAGAAUUCUCCUCAUUGUAUAUAAUUUAAGUGUUGAGUCAUGACAGUACUGUUCACUGAAUGUCUCACAAAUAUUAUACAAAUUUAAUUUUUGCCUUUUUCUUGCAGUUUUGAUGCACUGUAGUAUCAUUGUGCUUUUGUAUUGUCCAGCAUGUACAGGGGCCCUGUGUCAGCCUGGGUCCUGGAGCACUGGACUGCCUCUUACUCCCUUCCAUGUGUCAUAGGAACAUUUUUAAGGAAAUUUAUCCUGUUACAUAGGGCAUAAGACAAUAAGUAGACACUCAUGUUUUAUACUUGUUACUGUAAAAGAGUAAGGUAUGCAAAUCCAAAAUGUUUUGUAGCUUUCAGGAUAGUUUUCAUUCUUUAUAAUUUUGGUAAUUUUGAAAUACAUGACACACUACUAGAAAUGGGUGCUUUGUAAAUCAUACUGCCCACAGAACAUUAAAAAACAAAGUGCAUGAUAGUACAUGUUGUAAACAUCUGGGCAUGAAAGAUACACCACUGCACUAGUGAACUUAAGCAACCUUUUAAUUAGUCAUCACCGUGCCAAUAUUUCUGCCUUUAGGCUGUAUACGUUUUGUCAUGCCCACCAUUAUUAUGAAGAUGAUGAUGAUGAUGAUGAAAUGAUUGUGAUCACCACCACUACCACCACUGUCACAUCAUCCUGAUCAUCAUUAUCAUUACCAUUAUCACCACUACCAUGACAAUCAUUAUCAUCACUGUCAUUGUUUCAUCAUCAUGAUCAUGAUCAUUGUCUCCCAUUGUAUUAUUUCUUGCCAGCCAUGGAGUGAGUUGAUGAUAAACUCAGAAAUAUAAACAGCAGAGAAAGGCUAUGAUGCAUUCCCACAGAUGAUCCAUUCCCACACCAUUCCAGCCUGUGAGAGCUUUGCAUUCCCACUGUUUGUGUAAUACAUCUUUCCACGUUUCUCCCAAGCAAGAGUCACUUUAUGAUCAAAGACCUGCACAGUGACCCACAUGAUUCAACAAUGCUGUCAUGUGUUUCAAGCAGUGAAUCUCCUUUAUGUCUGUCACUGAUGGAUCCUUUCACGCUAUUUAAAUUUGCCAGUCUGACAAUCAUAUUUCAGCUUUUAGUUUUAGUGCUCAUCUUUUUACAUUGCAUAACCUUAUCACAUGUAUCUGUGUAAGGAUGGAUUAAGGGUUUUCUGGCCUGAGAGCAACUCUAAAACCAAAGUCCAUAUCCUGCUGUUCCUUGGCUUUAGUUCUUGCAAAAGACCGAAACAUUCUCAUUAAUCUUUUUAAUGAUCCCACCACUGAAUUAGAUAGAAAUAAAGGUUGUAAUGUUUGUCAACCAUCCAGUAAAUUGCCAACAGACUCAGAGAAGGAUAUUGGUACCGUGUUCAUAUUUUCCCUUUCUAGCUGGAAGAUAUGGAAGUACACAUGAAAAAGGUAUGGUUAGCAGGCACACAGAGAACACAGAAAGAGAAAAUAGCUGCUGGAAGCAGAAGACUUUAAUUCUUACUUUAAUGGCAGCAGCUCACUAUUUAUACUUAAUAACCAUGAAAUUAUAUCAUGUUCAACUUGAACUAUAAUUUUAGGGAAUGAUAGCCAUAUACAGUAACUUAACACCAACACUUAAAUAUGGUAAUAUUAAGGAAGCCCAUAAAUGGAGUUACAAAUUUCAUAACCAAUACUACUGAGAGAUAUAUAUUAAUGUAUUUCAUGAUUUAUUGUAGAACUUAGUGAAACCACAUUUUAUUGGGCUUCAAAAUACUGGACUGGGCAAAAGUACCAGUCUGUACUUAGAUAUUUCUGUGCUGCAUCUUAUUCAUCUGACAUGCAGUCUAGUCCAUUCAUACUAGCAGAGAGCAAAAAAGCUUACUCCUGUAUUACUGUUAUUCAUGACCUGAGCUGAUAAGGAAACCAUAACUGCAUGUCUAUCUAACUCAGACUGCUUAUUUGUAUCAUACUCUGGGCUUUAUGAAGCCACUCUUUCAACUGGUAGUGUGAUGUCCCUUGGGGAUGUAAAGCACUGUCAGUUUUGUUUCCCAUGCCUUGAAGGAUUCAGCCCCACUUAGUCAUCAUUGUUGACAAGGUGGAUGGUUUAACUCUACUUGCAUUUAUGCCCUGUGACUACAAUACUGUUCCAGCACAUUUAUUAAUUAGAUAUGAAACUAAAUAGCCUCUCAAAGAUUUGAAGUUCAAAGAUUUCUUUACUUCCUUCACAUGAAUUUUGAAAAAGUGAUUUUUAGUAUCUUUGUUACUUUAAAUUGAAAUGUCAACCUGGGAGGAAGUCAUUUGAUAUCUUUAGGAGUUUGAAUGAAACUACUGUAAGUGCAAAAUUAAGCAUCCAUGUGCCUUUGUGACAACUUUCCCAACUGUCUUCUGUUCUCCUCCUCCCAUCAAAUCUUAAUCCAUCACUGCAUUAGUUUAUUCCUCUAUUUGUUACCACCAUUCCCUAUCAUUUGAAAAUUUUGUGAAAUGUGUUAAUAUGAUUUGCAAUAUGCAAAAAAGAACCAGUUCUCAUGAAACUAUAAUGAAUAAAAUGUCACAUGAUUUUAUUGAUUAAUCAACUGUGCUGUUCAGAACUUGUAAGUGAGGUGAGUGUUCGCCUGUGUUCAUACAGCCAUGCACCUCAUGAUGCAACCCUUUACCAUAUCCAGAGUACUUGAGUAAGGAGGCAGUGGGACACAUGGCCAUGGAAAUACAUAAAGUACAUAAGGGAAAUGGAAACAGGUAUCAAUCAGUAUGUAUUCAUUUAAUAACACUGUCUUGCUUAAUAUUGUAAGUUACUUUGAUGUAUAUUUUUUUUCAGUAUUGUAUCGUUAAAUAUGUUUCUUAUUGUAAGUGAUUGCAAUUCUUUGUUGUUAGGGAUGGGGACUGCAUAUUUGUCAUUGGCAAGUUUUGUAAUGUAAUAUAAUCAUACAUGUUA